AUGCAGCGUGGAACACAAUUACUAUCACAAUGGAGCAGAAUUAGCUCCACCGUAUUCCCACCCUGUCCUUGCCAAUUCACUCAUACUAUCCCUCACACAGCCUCGCUCCAACGGUCUCGCCUCAUAUCAGGAUUCUCUUCUCCCUCCACGCCCAAGCCCAAUCCCCUAAAUACAACAACACCAACGACAGCCACGCCUAAAACAGAGAAACUUCGCACCGUCGCAAUACAACCUGUCACCCCCAACCGCCGUCGAGAACUCUUCAAGGCCAAACGACCUCUCGCCCCACAAGAGCUCGCAACAUCCAACAUCCGCAAGAUCCGCCUCGUGAUUCGACACCUCACCCCGUUUAGUACCAAGGACAAUCCAAUCGACUUUACCAGUACCUUGGGCCAACAGAGACUUGACCGGUUUACAAAACUGUAUCUUGCGCUUCACGAGGAGAACCAGGAAGCCAUAUGGUCCGCGUAUGAGGCCAUUCGUGAAGUACGUCAGGAUCUGGGGUACCUCUCGACCGAGGUGUGGCGACUUCUUGUGGUUUACUUCAAGGACUCUGCUACGCCUUCAUCAUCCACGAGGGCAACAAUAACAUCAACAACAACAACAGCCGCGUCUCGACGGACGGACGCAAUGUCGACUCGGCGGAUGGUUGAGGAACGAUGGGCAGCAAGGAUUGUCACUGUACUGGACGACAAGCGUUCAGUUACCCAUCACCUUACGAGAUGGGACAGCAGCGAUCUCAUGUCGGCCUUGAACCAAUUGCAACGGUACGACGAGAGUUUGCAGGAACUGGAUCGUGUGUUGGCCUCCAAGAACAAAUUCGACCCCAUCUUGCUCAACCAUGCUGUCCGUGCCUGGGGGGGACUCGGACAACUUGAUCGAGCAGUCAACACGAUUCGGGACUCAAUGUCCAGGCUCCAAGUCAAGCCGAGCGAGUACACCCUUGGAUAUCUGAUACAGCAGUAUCUUUUGAGGCGCCAAACAACAGAAGCCAGGUCGUUCUGGAGAGCGCUCACCGAGGACGGCACGUUGGAGGAGAUUGGGACUGUCAACGGGAUCCUUCGAGCAUGUGUCGCUGUUCGGGAGAGCCAGUUCGCUCAGGAGGUCUACGACUCUAUGCCGGGACUCGGGAUUGAGACGAACAUCGAGUCGCUCAACUUGAUGCUCAGUCUUGCAGUGGCCGAGAUUGCAUACCCAGAAGAACGGAGCCAGUUCUUGGUGGCCAUCAACGACAAGAUCUCGAGGAGUGACCGGGCGAUCUACAAUAAGAGCAUGUUGGACUCUAUCCUGUUCAACUUUUCGAAGAAGGGCGAUGCCGACGGAGCUAUCCUGGUCCACCGACUGAUGCGCAAGCAUGGGUUCCAACCGAACACACUAGAAUACAACGAGAUUCUUCAUUGUUAUACUCGUCAGCAGGACAUGGACAAGGCUAUCGAAUGGUUUUAUAGGAUGAGGACCCUGGGCGUUCGUCCGGAUCGACUGUCAUACUUGCUGCUCAUGCGAUCUUAUACCCGACAGAGAAUGCCCCGAGAGACCGAGGCGUUGUUCCGUCAGCUCAUACAAGACGGUAUUGGUCCCGAUCUGGCCAUCUGCAACAUCCUCCUCCUUGCCUAUGAGCAGGCCAGGAUGAACCGUCGUACUUUGCAACUCUACAAGACCAUGCUUCAGGAUCCGACCAUCGGUCUCGACCACUUUUCGUUCUCGUGCAUGUUCAACGCCAUCUUCCACAACGACAAGGCCGUUCUGGAAGGCGCAGAGGGACGUGAAGGGGGCGGAUCGUCAUUGGACAACUACAGUGAUAUUGGAUUCCUGCGCAAGAUCAGCGAACCCAUUGGCCAAGCUUCAAGCGACUACUCGGAACAGCAUUCGAUCACAUUGGAGAACGAGAGCAGUCAAAUCAUCCAGACCCGUACAACACCCCUUGCGCCGCCAUUGCCACCCCAGGACUCACUAUACCCGCCUCGCCUCCCGCAACCCUUCCAAUUCAAGCAGGCCAUAUCAACCACCCAAACUCUAGACGCCAGGUCUCUCUUCCGCGACAUGGUCAUUGUCGGAAUCCGGCCCACUUCGUCUCUUUACUCAAACAUCUUGCGAGCGUUUCUGUCACAGGACGAUUAUAUCGGCGCGACGGUCGCUCUGAGAGCUCUGGUGGAUCACUAUGCCCUGAAACCGACCCCUAAGAUGACGGCCAUCGUCAUCUCCUGGGUCGUACAAGAGCUCGAACGUCGAGGACCUAUCACGAAGGAUGACCGCAUCGAGCUCUCGAAGCUGACCAUCCAGAUGCGGCGUACCCGAGGCUUGAUAGACAUACUGGAAAAAUUGGCCACCACUGAUCCCUCUACAGACAGCGACACCCUCGACGAGACAACCAGUACCGGCACAGCCACCACCACCACCACCACCACCACCGCUACCAUCCAAUCAACACAGCGAUCUACCAAAGGCCACUCGCAGAAGCUGGGCAAGUUCGAAGUAGCAAAGCUGGAAAUGGGCGGUGACCUUCUGGAUCUGUUCUCCAGGAGCUCGUUGGCAGGGUCUGCACGGUCAAGCUCGGAAGAUGACGCUGCCCAUAUUGAUCUGCAAGACUUUGAGCGCUGGUACCGGGCCUACGCCAACAGGACUACCUACGCUCAGAUGGUGAAAGCAAGAGCGCUUCAGACUUCUGCUCCAGGCACCCCUACCGCUACUGAACCUUUGGAGUACCGCUGA